AUGUCAGACUCAGUCCUCAGACUCUCAGCCUCGCUAUUCCCCAAAUACGAUGACUUCCUCGCCCACCUCUUGGACCAGAUCACAUCAGCCGAGCACGAUCUUCACCUCGUGUACCUAGACGUGAAUGAAACCUGGGCGCAUGAUACUUGGGACGUGCUUGAGCAGGGAGAAGAGGAGAGGAGUCUUCGAAAAACGUAUAACUCAGUAACGCACACUUUCUGGGUAAAGAUCAUGCCGAACUUCCUGCAUGACUGUAUCCAGGUGUGGAAUCGGGAUGUAAUGAUAAGCUGGAUGGGUCAUGGGAUGAUUUCGCUAGACGAAUUGAAGUAUCUGAGGCCGUUUGUUGGGACGACACUCGGGUUUGAUUCAGGACCAUACCGCGGCUCACGUAAAGACCCGGAUUUAUUCGUUCUUCCUGGGGCCCAGGUCCUACCUCCGAUUGUCAUGCAGAGCGGGUGGGAGGAGAGUCUUCCGGAAAUGCAGAAUGAUAAGGACCUGCUACUCAUCGGUGGCGAGGGCGAGAUCCAAGUGGUCUUCAUAGCCAGGUGGAGGAUACAUGCAGAUGGAGUGCAUGUUAGUGGCAUACUGGAGGUCUAUGUUAUCUUCCCCCGACCUCUAGAUGGAACUGGGCAAAAUGAUGUCGUCAAGGUCACACGCCGUCAGUUAUUCGGGAGGAAUUCGGUCGAUAACCACGAUCCAAAUGACAUCUUCGAGUACAGUCUUGAGGGGCUGAGGCGUCUUGCGACGAUGUUUAUGGCGCGCAUGGAGCUUGCCCCAGCCGAGGAGUUCUAGUUAUGAGUAUCUAGGGGUCAGAGGAUUGCGCGGUUUUUCUCGACAAAUCCACGUACGCAUCGCAGUUAUUCCGCAGGGGACGAGGAAUUCAAAGUCGCAUUUAUAGGUAGAGGGACUUAUUCUAAAGUCGAGGGGGUUUCUUCACCUUGUACUAGAUGCUCAAUUAAGGAAAGAACCAGAUUGCGUUGUUUCCGUCAUUACAGAAGACAGAGUAUCUAGACGCUCUGGAUCUUAUGAUGGGGUAAGUUGAUGGUCAAAGUGACUGAGCGAGUGAUCAGUAUCCAGACGAUUUGACAUCAUGGCUUGACGAAGAAAGGAAUUUGAUGAAAAUGAG